UUCCAUUCCAUCAAUAUAAUUUAUCUGUCAAAACAUAAAAAAUCUUGUAGUUUUCACGAAUGAAGAUUCUUUCUCAUUAUUUAAUAAGAUUUAAGACUCCCUUUUUACUUUCUAACCAAAUCAAAUUGUUAACAUCUGCAGAGCCAAAAUUACUAAGCCCAGCCAGAAGGAUGUCAACCGCAUCGUUAGAAGCCGUACCAAAGGUGGACAUAGACCCUUCCGGUGUUUUUAAAUACAUUUUGAUCAAAGUGUACGAUAAGGAACAAAACAAUCAAGAGCCUUCUAUCACAAUCGUAAGAGGCUACCAAAGGUGCAACUACCAUUCGGAUAUCUAUGAUGAGGUCCAAGAAAAGCUUCAACCACUAGAUUGUGAACCUUUGGGAGGAGGCAGGAUAUCUCACGAGUCUGAUAACAAGAAGAUUCAUAUUUAUGGCUACUCACAAGGCUAUGGCAAAGCAGACCAUGAAGAAACUGCAAAACUUAUCAAGGAUGCUUAUCCUUCUUACACCAUUACAAUUAGUGACGAAGGGUACUAGGGCAUGAAUCCUGUUACUUGUAUUCUUUGUUACAUUUAUUUAUUAAAAUUAUCAGAAAUC